UGCAGACUAGAGCCCACACAGAUUGCGGCAGGAGGAGCAUGCAGCCCCCACCUUUGCCUUUUGCCAUCUCCAACCCGGCAACCCCAAUCCUUGUGGCUCCACUAUAUCAGCAAAUCCAUACUCCGUUGUAGAGAGAGAGAGAGAGAGAGAGAGAUGCCCUUGCACCUUGCUCUCCCUUCCCCUCACAACCGGCCAGCCAGCAGCUGCAGCACCACCAUGGGCUCCUAGCAAAGAUGCCAAGUUCGGCAUGCACUUAAUUAAGCAGUGACUAGUUUUCGAGAUAUUUGGAUAAAGUGAAGUGAGAUUUGGGUGUUCACUCAUCUAAUAGAUUUGCAUUCGUGCAAGUCUUUCUGACCACCAUGUCUGUGGAGGCCGCGAAGCAGAAUGUGCCUGAGCACCGGGCGGAACCAGCGGCUGAUCACACAGUUGAACCAGUUGUUGCAAAGGUGAACAAGAACAAGACAGCUCAGGACGGUACACACCUUAGCGCCAAGGAGAUUUUAGUGGAGGAGAAGCCCUCACAUCGGCGGCAGGAGUCUUCUGCAUCUACGUUGGACAAGGGCCCUUCUAGCGUUUGCUCGGACUCUGGAAUCCUGGAUGGUCCACUAACCCCCCAAGGAGAUUCUGGGGAGCUGAAAGAGAUCCAAAGCUUGCAUUGCAACGGUAAUCAGGAAAAGAAGACGUCGCAAAAGAGCAGCACAAGUGAGAGCUUUGCUACCGCCGAAGUGAGCGAUGGGACUAGUCUGCGGAAGACCAGUGGAAGUGCUAAGAUCAGUGACCGAGCUGAUGUUACGGAGAGUGGAAAGAGCAGCAUGUGCUGCCCAAGCAUGAGCAGCAACAUCAGCGAUGAGAGCUCCUCAAGCAGCAUGGGCAGAAGCACAAUGAAGCCACACCAAGGGAGUGAUUCUAGGUGGGAAUCAAUCCGAGUGAUCAGAUCAAGGGAUGGCAUUCUGGGUUUGAGCCAUUUUAGGCUGCUUAAGAAGCUGGGCUGUGGUGAUAUUGGCAGCGUAUACCUCUCUGAACUGAACGGUACAAAGAGUUACUUUGCAAUGAAGGUCAUGGACAAGGGCUCUUUAGCGAGUCGGAAGAAGCUUCUUCGAGCACAGACAGAGCGGGAGAUACUGCAAUCUCUUGACCAUCCGUUUCUUCCAACAUUGUAUACCCACUUUGAGACAGAUAAAUUCUCAUGUUUGGUAAUGGAGUUCUGCCCAGGAGGGGACCUGCACACUCUUCGACAAAGGCAGCCUGGAAAAUGUUUUUCUGAGCAAUCAGCCAAGUUCUAUGUAGCAGAGGUCCUCCUCGCAUUGGAAUACCUGCAUAUGCUUGGGAUUAUAUACCGUGAUCUGAAGCCAGAGAAUGUCCUUGUUCGGGAGGAUGGGCACAUCAUGCUGUCUGAUUUUGACCUCUCCCUUCGUUGUGCUGUAAGCCCUACUGUUGUCAAGUCUGCCAACCCUGGACCAGAUGCACUGCAGAGGAACAACCAAGCAUACUGUGUUCAAUCUGCUUCUAUCGAACCAUCCUGCAUCCAGCCAUCAUGUGUCGCUCCAACUACUUGCUUUGGUCCCCGGUUUUUCUCCUCCAAGUCCAAGUCCAAGAAAGAGAAGAAGCCGAAGCCAAAGUAUGACAUUGUCAACCAAGUUAGCCCACUGCCUGAACUCAUAGCGGAGCCAACUGAUGCUCGCUCCAUGUCAUUUGUUGGCACCCAUGAGUACCUGGCGCCAGAAAUAAUCAAGGGAGAAGGUCAUGGCAGUGCUGUGGACUGGUGGACCUUCGGUAUAUUCCUGUAUGAACUCCUAUUCAGUAAGACCCCUUUCAAGGGGUCAGGAAACCGAGCAACGCUGUUCAAUGUUGUUGGUCAACCCCUGCAGUUCCCAGAGUCCCCAAUUGUGAGUUUCUCAGCAAGGGACAUGAUAAGAGGAUUGCUUGUCAAGGACCCGCAGCACCGUCUUGGCUACAAACGCGGGACUACUGAGAUAAAGCAGCACCCGUUCUUCGAUGGUGUGAACUGGGCGCUGAUACGGUGCGCGAGCCCUCCAGAGAUCCCCAAGCCUGUUGUGCUGGAUCGCCCACCGAAGCCAGCACCAGCUAAUGAUAUGGUUGCCCCGGCUGCCAAUCAGAAGGGCUCAGAUAAUUUUCUAGAGUUUGAGUUCUUCUAGGGUUGUUUUUCUUUCAGUUUUUGAAUGUGGGCUGGUGCAUGCAAGAUGGUGUAUGAAAGGAGGAAUAUGUUCAGUUCUGAGGCGUAUACUGUCACUGUGAUGACUGGUGAUGUUCUGUUGUAGGCUGUAGCUCUAUUUCGAGCAGCUCCUGUUGUUUUUCUAUUGAACUGCUUAAGAUCUAAUUUGCACUGGGUCCAUGUUGUUGGAAUUUGAGGUGUUUUCCCUAUUAAAU